UGGUAUUAUAGUGCUAUGCUGGACAUCUCGCAGUCAAUUCGUUUUGAUGGUGAUGUGGAGGAUGGAAAAAGUCAUGAACUCAAAGUGUACUCUCUGGACCGUAUAAGAGCUGCUACAAUUAAUUUUAGUGACUCUAACAAGCUUGGAGAAGGAGGAUUUGGUCCUGUCUAUAUGGGAACUUUACCUGGGGGAGAAGAAGUAGCUGUGAAGAGGCUUUGUAGGAAUUCAGGUCAAGGCCUUGAAGAAUUCAAGAAUGAGGUCAUACUUAUUGCAAAGUUCCAGCACCGCAAUCUUGUAAGAUUACUAGGGUGCUGCAUACAGAGGGAAGAGAAGAUACACUGA